CUCCGUCCGUCGCGUAAGAAAGCGAAAUAAUAAAAUUUAUCAACAACACCAGAAGAAGAUGAAGACGGUGGAAUAAUAAAAUUCAACUCUCAUCAAUCAUCAUCUCCCAAGAGUGUUCAAACACGAAUGAAACCAAAUAUUGUUUUUUUUUUUAAGUUAUGAUCUUUGAUGAACAGAGAGAAUCACACCAAUGUCAAUUGCGUAAAUUCUGAUCAUCUAAAAAAAAACAGAGAUUUGCGCUGAAAGAAUCAAUAAAGGUCGAGACUUUAGACGACGACAAGAGAGAAUGUCGAACCCGAUGCUGUCGGAGAAAUGGGAGAGCUCAAGUAAAACCACCAGAAGAGAGCUCAAAAGGAGAGAGAGGAAGACUUGGAAGAAACCCAUCAGGAUUUCUAAAUUGCCCAGUUUCACUUCCGAUCAGAUUCCGGUCAUCUUCUCCGGCUACACCGCCGAGUCUGAAGACUCCUCUUCCUCCGACAUGUCUGAUGAUUCAAUCUCUUACUCCACUAAAUCAUCUGAGGUUGACCAGGUUGAGGAAAGUUCAAAAUCUGUGAGGAGGAUGAAGAGUGUUAAGGUUCUUAGGAGACAGUCAACGAGGAAAGGAGGAGGACUGAUGAAGAUGAGAUCUAUGAAGCGUGUGACUUCACAUUCGAGACAUACCCUGAUGAAGAAGAAGAAUCUUGAUUUGAUUUCAAGGGAGGAGUUAGGAGGGCUGUUAGAGCCUCAUUACUUGAGACCAACGAGCUCCUCAGCUUCAAAGAACGUGGAGAACGUUCAGAAGAAUCUCCAAGCGGCUAGGUUGAAGAGGAUGACGAGUUUGAGAUACAAAGGGCUGCUCAAAGCUACUUGCUCUUCGGCUAUGAAAGGUUCUCCUUCUUCUAAGAAGAGUGAUGAUGUGUGCAAUUAUAGGUAUUGUUCUCUGCACGGUCGGCCUCAUAGCCACGGUGGGGAUGAUGAGAGCGGUGUUGUUCAUGUUCCGUCUUUGAAGCGGUUUGUGUCGAUGAGGAGGAAGUUUGUGAAGAGGCAGAAGAGCGUGAACCGGCGUUUGGUGCUUUUGAAGCGGAGUUUGAGUAGGAAGAGAGGGUCUGCUGAUCAAGAAUCAGAGCAGGUGGCUGAUGGUGAUGAUAAUGCAGAUGGAGAGACCGGUCAAGAGGUUAUUGAAGAAGAGGUUUCUAGCUGGGAGAACUGUGGAAGUGAUUCAGAAUCGAACAGAAGAUCUACUGAGACGGUGAUGGUAGAUGUUGAUGAUAAUGGGGAUGGAGGAAUGGAUUCAGUGGAGACUCUUGCAUCAGCUGGAAGAGAAUGUGUUAUUCAGGAAACUAUACCGGAAGUUAUGGAUGAUUCAGAUGGUAGAGUUGACAAAGAUAUGAAGGUGAAGAGUGAAGAAACUGUGGGAGAUAAUGAGGAAGUUUGCAGGGAUGGUUCUUCUGGUGAACUGAGAGAAGAAGAUGGAAAGAAAACUGGAAAUAUAUGGAAUGGUGAAGAAUCUAAACCGGAGAUAAUGGAUGAUUCAGAUGGAAGAAGUGACAAAUAUUCUAAGGAAUCUAACAUGACAGGUCUUGAUUAUUAUAAUGGAGAGAUUGAGGGAACUAAAAGUGUGGAAGAUGAUGAUGAUGAAGAUGAAAAGAAUACAGAAGAUGUAUGGAACGAUACCGUUACUCUUGUUAAGCAAGCGUUUGAUGAGAUACUUGCUGAAAUCACCGAUGAUGAUGACUCGUCUGAUGAUGCUUUAGAGGGUGAAUUGGCGAAUGAAUAUGAUGAUGUUGCAGAUGAUUCAAGUGCUAUUGAAGGGAGGGACACACAUUUGACUGUAAUUGUUUCUACUUCUCAUAUGGAAGAAGGAUCUGAUCAUAAUAAGAGAGGUGCCAAGAAGUGGAGUUUCUUGAAAAGAGUAAUCCUUCUCAAGAGGUUUCUCAAGUUGCUGGAUCGAAAAGAGAGGCGCAAGCGUACUGAUGCUGAAGAGAAUGAAACAAUCAUGAGGUUGAGAAGAGAGUUGGUUGGAGAGAGGAAGAAUGCAGAGGAAUGGAUGCUUGAUCAUGCUCUUAGGCAAGUCAUUAAGACUCUUGCUCCACCUCAGAGAAGGAAAGUGAAACAUCUUGUCAAAGCUUUUGAAUCUUUGAUUCCUAUGAAUGGUAGCUCUAGAGGUCAUGGUGGUCUUGGAAGCUCUGGAAGAGAAGAGAAGGAAACAGUGAACUCGCAUACGAUCUUGAGAGACACUGAUGACACUACUGAACUACCAGAAGUUUUAUCAGGAAAGGAUCUUGAAGAAACAAACUUAACUAGAGAAGUAAAGGAUCUUGAAGAAAAAAAGUUAACUAGAGAAGUUUCAUCAUCUCUUUCUCUUGGUAUGAAAUCUGAUGAAGAUGUGGAAACAAUAGAAGAUUCAAGUUCAAGUCAUCAACCUGCUGUGGAGGAAGUAUUAGAUGAGUUGGCUUCAGGUUCAUCUAUAGAAGAAAAAGAAGAGAAGACAGGAGAUUCAACUAUAGAAGAAAAAGAAGAGAAGACAGGAGAUUCUGAGAAGAAAACUCUUUCUACAUGGAGGAACCUUAUACAGAAGCACAUGGUUUCAGGAGACAAUGAAGAGAGAAAGCUUGAUGAAGCUGAGAAAGAAGAUUACAGGUGGUCCUAUGGAAGUAAUCAGGUGACAGGUACUGAAGAUCAUGGUGAUGCUGCUGCUGCAACUAUUAAAUCGUUUCAGCAAGCAUUUGAAAUGAUCCUCUCUGAGAUCCCUGACGAUGAAGAGAUUGUUUCGGAAUCAUCUAAGGAGAAAGAAGAAGAUCAUGGAGAGACUAAAAGAAGAAGCUGGAACAGCGUGAGAAAGGUGAUACUCUUGAAAAGAUUUGUGAAAAGCUUGGAGAAAGUACAUGUUUUCAAUCCGAGGAAGCUGCGGAAUCUACCUGUUGUUGAUUCUAAACUGGAGGAGGCAGAGAAUUUAUUACUAAGAAGACAUCGAUCAACAAUUGAGGAGGGAAUAAGAACAGAUGGAGAGGAAUGGAUGCUGGAUUACGCUAUGAGACAAGCUUUAUCUAGAUUGGCUCCUGUAGAGAGAAAGAAAGUAGAACUCCUUGUGCAGGCCUUUGAUACAGUUCUUGAUGGCCAUGACACUCUUAAACAAACCAAGAGCACUGACACAACUGUCAAAGAAAGAACAAAGACAGUAGAGGAAGAUAGUGAAGUCAGCAAAGAUGAGCAGAGGAUCAAAAAUGUCUUUUCAAGAUUCCAAGUACAUCAAAAGGACUUGAAACAAGAAGAGGAGGUUGAUGAUACUCCCAAGAACAACGUUGAAGCUGGCACAGACGGAACAGUGAGAGCGGAUAAAGACGAGCAGAAGAUUGCAAAUGUCUUCUCAAAGUUUCAGGUGCAUCAAAAGGACUUGAAAGGAGAAGAGGAAGUUGAUUCUACUCCAAGGAGAUCCAGCAGUUUGCUUCCUCCUAUAGGAAACGUUAAACAGCGAAUCGUCGUUGAGAAAGAGAAAGAUUCAAGAAUGUGGAAGCUCAUCUACAAACACAUGGUAACAGAGAAAGAAGAAGAAACUAGUUCAGUUGAUGGUGAAUGUGAUGACGAAACUGCUAAUCUUCAGAUUGAUGCUAGAAGAAGCGGAACAGUUACACUUGUUAGAGAAGCACUUGAGAAGAUUCUCUCUGAGAUCCCAGACAACUCCUCUGAUGACCAGUCCAUAGACAGUGCUACUGAUCAAGAACUAAUGGAAAGAAACUCUCAAGUAAGUGAAGAGUCUUCGAUGACCUCAAAACGAAAGAAAGGAUGGAACAAUGUGAAGAAAGUCAUUCUACUAAAGAGAUUCGUCAGCGAUUUAGGAAGACUCAGCCCCAAGACGCCUCGGUUCUUGCCUUGGGAGCCUGAUCCUGAAACCGAAAAGAUACGUCUGAGGCAUCAGGAAGUUGGAGGGAAGAGAAACUCAGAGGAGUGGAUGCUUGAUUAUGCUCUGAGACAAGCCAUAUCGACUUUACCACCGUCUCAGAGAAGAAAAGUCUCUCUUCUCGCACAAGCUUUCGAUACUAUAAGCUUUUCUUCGACUCCAGGCUCGGCAGCAACGUCAAGGAACAUCUCUCGUCAGUCCAGCCUUUCCUCUAUGACGGUCCAUAAUGAAAACGAAGGUAACGCUGAGAUUCUAAGAGGUAAACUGAGAAAACUACAAGAGGAUCUCAAAGAGACUACCAAAGUCGAUGGUGAUUUGGAUGAGAAACAAGAGUGUUCGAGCUUGUGGAGGUUGUUAUGCAAACAGAUGGAAGAUAACGAGAGAAACCAAACAUUGCCAAAAGAAGAACAAGAGUCGGAGGAAGACACAAGUGUGGAUGGUGAGAAGAUGGAAGAUUACAAAACCGAAGCAGUGGAGCUGUUAGGAGAAGUCAUAGACGGAAUCUCUCUUGAAGAGAGUCAAAAGAGUGGAACUUCACAGGCCUCACAAGUGAAGAUUAACAGAUGGAGCAGCGUCAAAAAGGCGAUGCAGCUGAGGAAAUUCGUCAAAGCGUUAGAGAAUGUGAGGAAGUUCAACCCAAGAGAGCCUCGGUUCUUGCCGUUGGAGCCUGGAGUUGAAGCGGAAAGAGUGAACCUUAGGCAUCAAGAAACUCGAAACAAGAGAAACGGGGACGAGUGGAUGGUCGAUAACUCGCUUCAAGAAGUUGUUUCCAAGCUAACUCCAGCUCGGAGAGAUAAAGUUAAGUUGUUGGUUCAAGCUUUUGAGUCACUUUCGGCUACAGGGAACUGAGGCAAACGAUAUGUAUUGUUGUUACACAUCGUUUCCAAUUCAUUAAGCUAAGGACCAUGAAGAACAAGAUGGACAAGACUAAAAGACUUAUUAAUUGUCCUUGCAAUGAUCUCUACUCUCUUUUUUGUUCUUUGCAAUGACAAUUCAUUAUGUUGACAUUACAUGUAAUGUGUGUACAAAAGGUAUUAUAUUGUUAUUAUUCAAAGGAGUUGAAUUACAAAGUUUCUCCAAAAGAAUUUAUGAUUACGGGUAA